AUUUGGUUUAACUUUUAACAAACGUCUGUUCAUCACCUCGUGUUAUUCUUCUACUAAAAAUAACACCAAAGUCUCAGACAUCAGAGAGAGGAACGGUUUGCGUCUGAUCCCGUAGGUGCUAAGCACUGGAAAGCUACGAUGCAACAAAGCUAGCUGCUGCAACCUUUGGAUCUUAACGCUCUCUGGAUUAAGAAAGUUGUAGAUCAGCAGAGUUACAUGGUAUGCUGCCCAGUCGACAUGAAUAAGACAUUGCCUCCACCAGCAUCAGGAGCUAGUUCGGAUGAUGCCAUCAACUUGGGCUAUGUCAUCUCUGCUGCUGUAGUUUGUGCAGUUGCUAUGAUGGUUGCCUUAGUAACAGUUGUUUAUCGCUACUUGCGCCAUAGGGGAUCAGGAGAGAUAUGGUUUUCCAAGGUGAGUUUUUACUGAUGCUAGUGUUUGCCAAACACUAUCUCUUCAAUCUGUCAAGCCUGCUUGUUUAUCUACCUGCCCAACUGUCGAUCUUUUCACCCAUCCAUCUGUCCGCCUGGCCUGCCAUUCAUGAUUCAUCCACCAAUCCUUCUGUUUGUCCGUAUAUUUUUGUAUUAGUCAUGAACUUUAUUGAUACAUACCUAGUCAUUAUAGACGUGAUCUCCUUCAAAGCUACUCUUACCUCUUUCUUGAUAAGACACACACAAGGUCAGUGGCUGUUAAUAUUUCAAAAUGGUAUCCAGUCAGUUACCCAUUUAGCUCCCACCUUGUUUGACAUCCAUGUAGCUCACACCUUGUGUGACAUAUACAUGUAGCUAACACCUUGCAUGACAUAUCCAUGUAGCUUACCCCUUGCGUGACAUAUCCAUGUAGCUCACACCUUGCGUGACAUAUCCAUGUAGCUUACACCUUGCAUGACAUAUACAUGUAGCUAACACCUUGUGUGACAUAUCCAUGUAGCUAACACCUUGUGUGACAUAUCCAUGUAGCUCACACCUUAUGUGACAUAUCCAUUUAGCUCACACCUUGUGUGACAUAUCCAUGUAGCUCACACCUUGCGUGACAUAUCCAUGUAGCUUACACCUUGCGUGAUAUAUCCAUGUAGCUUACCUCUUGUUUGACAUUGUCCAUGUAGCUCACACCUUGCGUGACAUAUCCAUGUAGCUCACACCUUGCAUGACAUAUCCAUGUAGCUUACACCUUGCAUGACAUAUCCAUGUAGCUCACACCUUGCACGACAUAUCCAUGUAGCUCACACCUUGCACGACAUAUCCAUGUAGCUCACACCUUGCGUGACAUAUCCAUGUAGCUUACACCUUGCGUGACAUAUCCAUGUAGCUUACCCCUUGUGUGACAUAUCCAUGUAGCUCACACCUUGCGUGACAUAUCCAUGUAGCUCACACCUUGCGUGACAUAUCCAUGUAGCUCACACCUUGCGUGACAUAUCCAUGUAGCUCACACCUUGCGUGACAUAUCCAUGUAGCUCAAACCUUGCAUGACAUAUCCAUGUAGCUCACACCUUGCAUGACAUAUCCAUGUAGCUUACCCCUUGCGUGACAUAUCCAUGUAGCUUACCCCUUGCAUGACAUAUCCAUGUAGCUCACACCUUGCGUGACAUAUCCAUGUAGCUUACACCUUGCAUGACAUAUCCAUGUAGCUCACACCUUGUGUGACAUAUCCAUGUAGCUCACACCUUGCGUGACAUAUCCAUGUAGCUUACACCUUGCAUGACAUAUCCAUGUAGCUCACACCUUGUGUGACAUAUCCAUGUAGCUCACACCUUGUGUGACAUAUCCAUGUAGCUCACAGCUUGCGUGACAUAUCCAUGUAGCUUACACCUUGUGUGACAUAUCUAUGUAGCUCACACCUUGCGUGACAUAGUGGCUGUUAAUACUGUAAAAUGGUAUCCCCAUCAGGUAUCCAUGUAGCUCAUGCGCCUUGCGUGACAUAGAGUGGCUGAGAAUACUAUAGAAUAGUGCCCCAUCAGAUAUCCAUGUAGAAUGUGAAGACCUUCUGUAAUUCUAUGUAUUCUUGCCUCAUGUGGUUGUAACUUACCAUUUUUAUUCACUGCCUUUUUAGUUGUACUGUAAGGCUAGAGGCCUACUAGCAGGAUCAAAAUAGGAGCGAUGAUCUUUAUUAUUCCAAGUAAAAAAUGUUUAUCUGAAAGAUGAGCAGGAAAAAAAGUAGGAGCGAUGAUCUAUAUUAUUCCAAGUAAAUAAUGUUUAUCUGACAGAUGUUAGAAUAAAAAACACACGAAAAUAACGAGUUUUAGAAUCCAUCUUGAGAAAAUGAUGCCAAUCCUUACCGGAAUUUGAUCUUCAAAAUGCGGGAAAGUGUUUAUUAAAUAAUUGCGUGCAAAAUAUGUGCAUUUCAAUGUUCAAUUACCAGGAAAUAAUUAGAUUAUGGGUAACUCUGGACAAAUGUAUGUAGUGUUUUUCUAAAUGUCCUUUGUGUAUUGUAGCAUUUAAUUAUGUCUCGCUUCCUAUUUGUCCUAUUUGCAUACUACUCAUACAAUGUAGGCUGAAACUUUAUGUCUUAUUUGCUCCUCCGUGCUCCGAUCACUUUGCGUACGCGAAGGUAAUUCAGAGUCUGUGGUUCACAGCUACUAUGAAAGCUAAUCCUCAAGUUCGAUUGCAACAGAGGCCGGGGUUGUCUUCUCCAUAUUUGUCCAUGGCUCGACAUUGUUUUUAGUUCUACAUCCGGGAACACUACUCGUCCAUGUGCGAUGACAACCAGAAACAAGACAACUUUAUUAUCGGCUUCGCUAAUCCCAUGAUGGAGAACACUGAGCAGACUGAUGGCAACAACGCGGGCGUCCAAGUACUCAGUUAUCGACCUCUGAGCACAGAAGGAGGCAGAGCGACCAACGAUAACAGCCUGGUUCACAAGUUUCUGUUCCCUCGGGACAAACUCGUGUUCGGAUCUGUGCUUGGUUCGGGAUGGUUCGGCAAGGUGUACGUAGGCGAAGCUCAUCGUUUCACACCCGGUGUGCGCAAGACCAAAGUCAUUAUCAAGAAACUGGACGCCGAAGCAGAUUCUCGCAUGAGGCUUCGCUUCAUCGACGAAAUUGAAACUUUCAGGCGGGUCAAGCACACAAAUGUACUGAGAGUCCUCGGGGUAGCGACGGAGGCUGCUCCGUACCUCGUCAUCUUUCACUACACUCCUUUUGGAGACCUCAAGAAGUUCCUCCUCACACAUCGUAGCGGAAGAACAUCAUUUAUCGAACGUGGGUUAGCGUUGAAGAUUUCCAUGGACAUAGCAUCGGGACUAUCUUGUCUUCACGCUAAUAGCAUUUACCACAGCGACCUUGCUGCGAGAAACUGCAUCGUGGCGUCAGAUCUCUCUGUGAAAAUAGGAGACUUUGGCAUAAGUCGAUCGCUUUACAAGGAGGAUUACUACAAGAUACCCAACUCGCCUGAGUCCGUUCCACUGCGCUGGCUCGCUCCCGACAGCACGCAGUAUAACCCGGACAGCGGACUCACCGUCAACCCGCCAUCUGAAAUGGGCAAUGUCUGGUCUUUUGGCGUCACUCUAUGGGAGGUGGUUGAGUUUGGCCGAUUGCCGUAUGAAGAUUUAACAGACGAUGACGUCAUACAGACUGUUCUUGUGGACCAAUUGUAUCAGCUGCCAGAACCGAAGCAGACUGGUAGAGCACAGACAUUAUUAUAUGAGGUCAUGAGAAAAUGCUGGGCAGAUCCAAACAAACGUCUCACUAUUCGAAAUGUAGAAACAGUAAUCACUUCUCUGAUGUCCCAAGAACUAGGCCCUCGUGUGCAUCAAAUACAGGACAAGUCAACAUUAAGCUAUACAAGCCUUGCAAAACAAAAAGGUCAAGGACCAUCUAUAAGUGAUGGUAACACUACUGACGUUAAAUUUCACGCCCCAAAUAACUGGGCUCAUUUUGAUGGUUUAGAAUCUACGGGAAAGGACAUUCCUCAGUGUAACUCAAUCAUAGACAAUAAUUCCCUUCCUACGGAUAUACAAGUAACUGAAAUACAUGACUGUAACACUAUGGCUGGUGACAAACAUAACUUCUCUACAUCAGAUGAGACCUUACAUUGCAUCACAACAUCAGAUGACACCAUACCUAUCACAGAUAUUGGUUUGAGUUAUGACACUGCCAAUCAACCUGACAUGGAAUCAACCAAUGACGUGACAUCAGCUAAAGUUGUGCCGCAACCUCCUGUGACAUAUAAUGGCGAGGGGAAAGGAGAAGAAGAGAUAAUUGAGUGGGACCACUCAGAGUUUCAGCCUAGUGUAGAAGGAGGAAAGAUUCUGGAGGUGAAAUAUGACUCAGAUGGCUCAACCCCAAGUGUUAUUAUAGAGAGCCAGCCUACAGGGUAUGUGGUAAUGCCAGGCGAGGUCAUCAGAAGGAAAAGCUCACUACGGAGAGCUGGUGCUAAGUCUGAAGGAAAAUCUGUCCAUUACCCUAUGAAUAUUCUGGACCUUCGAGUCAUCUACCGGUAUCACAAAGAGGAAGAAGAGGAGGAGGAGGAUGCAGGAACGGACGAGACUGUUGCCAUGGCUACAUCAGAGGAUGGGCCAAUCACAGGCCAGGGAACUGACACUGAUCAGCACAUAAUUCAGACUAGCUUAGAAACUCAAGGUAGCGAUAUUACCUUGCCAAGGUUUCGAUCUGUCAAGGACUCAAAGUUAUUGUUGGCGCUCCCACCGCUCGAUGGCCCAUCCACAAGUACUGAGAGUGAGCAAAACCCUGUAAGUCCGACCCUGAAGGGUCCUACCUCUCCUGUAGAGAAAAAGAUAAAAAGGGCAUCUCGCGGCGCAAAGUUCAACGAUAAGGAGGGAGAAUGGCUUAUUAGUAUCGACCGAAUCGCAAAGAAAACAUAGGCGUGUCGAUAUGAGAAGUUAUUUUCUAUCCUCGCUUUGAACAUAUUGCCUGAGAUAUUUCCUUACAUUAGGUGUUUUUACCCUAGUUUCAGAGCCUGAAAUGCUCGGUUCUAACUAAUCUUAUUACGGCGCUAAAGAGUGUAUUGUCUCUGGAACUAGGUUAACGGCCUUGUGUUAUCGUGAUUGAAAAGUGUUUUCGUAUUUUGUAACUGUUGUGCCCAGAGUCCCCUUAACAUGAAGAAUUUCUGUCAUUUUGUGCUCCCUAGUCUUUCUCGCAUGAUGUACAUGAGG